GGUCACCCUCCGUGUCCUGGUGAUCCUCAGUCACGCUGCCGUGGCGGGAGUCGCGGCGAUGGAGGCCCUCGCGGAGCGCGUGCGGCUCAUGGAGGGCGCCACGCUCAACACACAGUUGUACUACAUCCUGGUCUCGGUGACGUCGGAUGUGGCCAAGGUCGAGGAGGCGAACCGGUUCGCGGCCAUGCUAAGUCGGAUCAUCAGGUAUGAGUUUGUGGACCCUGUGAUGACGAAUUUGGCUGAGUUCGAGCAGCCCGUCAGGGAGUACACGGACCAGAGCGGCGAAGUGAUUUCGGACAACAUGAAGCGGGGUGUGAUCAUGUCUGGCAUCAAGAGCGAGGAGCUGGCGGGCCACCUCAGCUCGAAUGCGUCGCACUUGGUCACGUAUGACGACCUGAAGACGGAGCUGACGACGAUCUGCUCAUCGCAGCGACGUUGGGCAGCAGCGGACUCUGGAGGCGACGGCAUGGUCCCGAUGCAUGUCGAUGCAAUCGGCAAAGGCAAGGGCAAAAACGGCAAGGGCAAAGGCAAGGACGGCAAAGGAAAGAAGGGCGACUCCAGAGGGAAGAAGGGCGACUCCAGGGGCAAGGGCCGAGAGACCCGCAGUUGCCGCUACUGCGGCAAGGCUGGCCACUUCGCAGCCGACUGCCGCAAGAAGAAGGCGGACGAGAAGAAGGGCAGGGAGGUCGCAUCGCUGACGGACGCGGCCCAGGCGCAGCCUUCCGCCUCGACGGCAACGGCGGCGCUGAAGGGGAGCAGCACUGGCUCGCAGAGCAGCUUGGCCCCCACGAUCGACGUGUCUCGCGUGGCAGCCCAGAUGCAGUUGCAACAGCAGCGGAGUUCACCUUCGACGAGCGCUACCGUUCACAUCGCGAGCAUCCAGGUGGCAGGCGACGCUGACAUCCCGACGCCCGAAGAGUACUACUGGCAUGUCGGCAUGAUGUACGACGCGAAGCAGUGCGACGCGCUGCCAGUGACGGUCGGCUACACGGUGGAGUUCGACUGGGCGUUCUUUGGCGCAGGCUCAGGGCUCACCACCUGCCCGCAGGAGCUUGCGAACGUGACCGAGAUGCUUCCGCCCAAGAAGUUGCCGCUUUGCGAGUCGGCGACUGGCGACGAGGUCAAGUCCAUGGGCACGGGGAUCGCGGCAGCCGAGAGCGACGGAGUACCUCUCCAGAUCAAGUUCCAGGCCACGAACGUGAAGCGCGCCAUCGUGAGCGCCGACGCCUUCACGGAGGGAGGUCAGAUCCCGAUCUCCGGCAAGGAUCCUUGCAUCCUGCUCGCGGGCGGCCGCGAGAUCAAGCUGUGCAGGAGCGGGGGGGCGUUCUGGCUCAGGAUCAGGAGGCCCGUCGGCAACGUCACCGAGCCGAUCCUCGUCAACCCAGCGGAGCCGAACACUGAG